AUGGCGGCGACGGCGACUGCGACGGCGGCGGCGACGAGCGUGGUGACGGGGACGACGCGGUGGUGCCCGACGCCGGAGCAGCUGAUGAUCCUGGAGGAGAUGUACCGCGGCGGGCUGCGCACCCCCAACGCGUCGCAGAUCCAGCAGAUCACGGCGCACCUGGCCCACUACGGCCGCAUCGAGGGCAAGAACGUCUUCUACUGGUUCCAGAACCACAAGGCCCGGGACCGCCAGAAGCUCCGCCGCAGGCUCUGCAUGAGCCACCACCUCCUCUCCUGCGCCCACUACUACGCCGCCGCCAACGCCGGCCAGUACCACCACCAGCAGCAGCUCCUCGGCGCCGGCGCGGUUCCCCCUCCGCUGCUGCAGCACCAGCAGCAGCAGCAGUACUACUCCGCCUCCUGCGCCGGCGGCAGCUACGACCAGCACCUGCUCCCGACGACCGUCCCAGCUUCCGCUUAUGCUGCUGCUGCUGCUGGGUACGCCUACCCCUUCGCCGCCGUGCCGGCGAGCCGGUGCGCCGACCCCUCGCCGCCCAACACGCCGCUGUCCUUCCAUCACCAGGGUGGAGGCGUAGUAGGAUCGCCGGAGUACUCACUGGGGAGGCUGGGCAACUUCGGCGUGGUGGACGACACGUGCCGGCCGUCGCGGUACGAGCAGCAGCCACAGCAGCUGGCCGUGGCGACGGAAGAUCAGGCGGCGCCGGUGACGGCGACGGGGCUGUUCUGCCGGCCGCUGAAGACGCUGGACCUCUUCCCCGGCGCGAUCAAGGAGGAGCAGCGCGAUGUCGCCUAG